AUGGCCCCAGUAACGCUGAAGAAGGUUGAUGAUGACCUCAAAGAAGUCAUUCAACACCUAUUCGAGAUCCAGUCCGCCGUGCACGGCUAUCUAGGCCCAGAGACACAACAAGAGCUCGUUAGGAAAAUCAAAAAUCUCACACUCGCCCUGACCACCCUCUCCAAAGACACCGACCUCCCACCAGAUCACCAAGCAAACACCACCACCGACCCAUCCAAUCCACCACUGUCAAGCAUCCAACUCCCGCCCGAAAUCAUCGACUAUGUCGAUUCAGCCAGGAAUCCAGACAUCUACACCCGUGAGUUCGUGGAGCUGGUGCAGCGCGGCAAUCAAGACCUAAAGGGGAAGCGUGAGGCCUUCGCCGGGUUCCGGGACGUGCUGGCCCGCGAGAUGCGUAGCGCAAUGCCCGAGUGUCGGGGAGAGGUGGAUCGCAUCGUUGCAGCAUCCGCGUCCGCCUCUGCUGGUGAUCAGCGUGACGGGAUGAGGAAGGCCCAGUGA